AAGGUAUUGAAAUUGUUGAUCAUGAAGUUAAGAAUCCGGCAAAAUCAAGAACUAUUGGAGAGAGGAAUUAUAGGCCUAAGAGUAAUUUAGAGAAGGCUUAUAACAAAGCCAGGGGUCAGUGGUUGAAGAAAAAGUCAGUAUACACUCCUUAUAAAAGAUCUAAAGGUCAAGCAGUAGUUCAGGAAUUGGACGAGAAUGGGUGUCCUAUAUCUUAUGCUAAUUCUUUGGCUGAUCCUAAUGAGUUAAUUGUGAUUGAAGAUCCAAGUGCUCAGGUUUGUAAUAAAAAGACUGCCAUUGUAGAAGAUAUCCCUUCAGAUGAUAGUGUUUCAAAUGACUUUGAACAGGAAUAUGGAUAUAGCUCUAUGCAAUCAAACGUUACUGUUGAUCCAGACAUAUCUUCUAUUGUUAAGGGUAAAACAGCUGCAAUUGCUCAUGAUGUUGAUAAUUUUCCAACAAGUUCUCAAUUGCCACCAAAGAAACCAAGAAAUGUACAAUUUCCCACAGUUGUGCAUGCUCAAAUCAAUGCUCAAGCUCCUUCUAAAGUUUCUAGCAUUGUUCAAAAUCCUCCAAAAGCUCCAAGAAAUGUUCAAGUUCGUUCUAGUGUUCCGAAGAAAGUUCAAGCUCCUUCUAAUGUUCCAAGAAGUACUCAAGGCUGUUUUCGGAAUGUUCAAGUUGAUUCUAGUAUUUCAAGAAAUGUGCAUGAUGUUCCUAAUGUUCCAAGAAGUACUCAAGGAAAUUCAAGGAAUGUGCAAGUUUCUCCUAGUGUUUCAAGGAAUGUUCUACUUUCUCCUAGUGUUUCAAUGAAUGUUCAAGGAUCUCCUACUGUUUCAAGAAGUACUCAAGGAGGUUCUCCACAGAUUUCAACCAAAUAUGAUAGGUUAUUAGCGUUUUUUGAUACUAGUGUGGCUAAGAGAUUGGCUACAAAUGGUAAAUAAGAGAGUAAAUCAAUAUGCAAUUAUGUUUUGGUGUUUAACUA